AUGCCCUCCAUCAACCGCCCGAUGCCACCCAGCAACAGCGACUUGUCGAAGCGCCGACGCUUCCAACCUCCUAUCACAACCUUCUUCACAUCUGCCUCAGAACCAGUGUCUUCAGAUACACCUGCAGUAUCGCACCACCAUCAUUACGCCGCGGAAACCUUCUCUGCCCACCCCGUUGUGCCUGCCAAAGUUCAGUCCUCUCUUCUGUCUGUCGGAAUGCGGGUCCGGAAAUCUGUGGCAGAUGGAUAUAGAACCCACAUGUCCAAGACAGAAGAAAAGACCCCACUCCCUACAGCUGUCGCUCAGACCCCUCACGCUCAACCCUACAAUGGCAGCAGACCCUCUGAGCUGCCACCGUUUUCUGGCGCUGGUAAAUCCUCCUUCAGCCACGAUGACUACCUCGUUACCGACGAUGGCGACGCAUACUCGAUCCCUCCAAGCAGCCAAGACUCGGCUGUGUCAUUUGCCUUGGGCGGUCAAAAGCGGGCUUUGGAAUUAGAUGGUGAUAUCCUCGUCGACGAGGAUGCCGAUGAAUCAUUCAACAAUUUCGGCGGAUCAUGGAAGGAGAACACCCGAACCAUCCUGUCCCCGAAUUUGGGCCAAAGUCGCCGUAUUCUUGCUGUGCGUCACAGCAAGAUUGAACAGCCCACUAUGGACAUGGAUGAUUUUGAGGAAGCUACGUUCCUCCGCCGCCGUGAGGAAGUUGAUGAAGAGGAUGUGCGGAUGUACGGUGCUUAA